AAGGGAGGGUGGGGGGGGGAUGCGCAACGCAUUAAAAUGACGGGGCUUAGACGCGCAGCGUGGGUGUUAGUUCUGGUGAGGGCGCCAGCCGGCUCGCUCGCUAAACUAACCCACCAUCAUCCCCAACCCUCCAACGAUCGCCACCUCCCCACGUCGAUUUCGCUCACUAUACAGCUUCACGGCUCCGGCUCAGCUGCAGAUUUUUGUAGAGGCUGAUUGUCGCGUUGCCGGGAAACAUUACCAACAGAUAAAAUAAAAUAAUUUUUCUUUACACUCAACGAACGACGUAUUACGUGACUGAUGGACAAGAAAUAUUCAUGGAAAAUAUUUCUAAAUAUAUUUUUAAUUAAAUUACUGUCACACUUUUCAUGUGUCUCCGGCUUGUGGUUAACUAACGUGAAUUUUUCUCUAUUCUGUUGAUAUUUGUUGGCAUUUUAUUGUUGAAAACUUUUGGGUUUGUUUUGCUAAAACUAAAACUGUUUAACUGAGCAAACGAAUGACUAGAAACGAUUGUAAAAAAACUUUUAUUCACCCGCUUUGAGGAAGCUGUUUUAUAAUUUUGUUGGUUCUUCCUCAGAGACAUUAUCGCUCUUAUUUAAAAUCUAAAACGAGUUUUAUGUCUAAUAUUACUCGCCCGGCAAGCCCUGAGGUCAGCUGGCAAAAAAUGUUGAUCUUUUUAAUUAUAAACUCAAAAACUGCCUGAGUAUAAAGUUUAUUUAUAUUUAGUUAAAGUUUUUGCUACCGGGUUUGAUUUUAGUUUCGUUGAUCGGUAACAGAAUUAAAACUAUGGCAGCGUACAAGUGACAGUAAUUCAAGCAAACAGUGAGUCUGGGUUGAUAAAUAGUUUAAACAGUGUGUGUUAUUAAUCAGUGACUGAAUUUCAGUGAGUGUUGUUCCACUGAGAAAGUGACCAAGAGUCCAACCGCCGGGAUUUAUUAUGUGAACAAACGACUCAAAACUCAAGCUUACGAGGAUAACAGAGAGGAGAGGAGAGAGAGAGCAGGAGAGAGAAAGAGAGGAAUUUUAAUAAUUAUUAAAAAAAAGAGAAGAUUUUUUUUUUUUUUCUGAGAAAAAAAGGACACGUUCAACAUUAAAGUAAACAAGACAAAUUAAUAGAGUUGUAAAAAAUCAGUGGUGUGAAUGAUCACACGAGUUGUAAUCACGCUACCGCUGACGUCGACACUCUUCACAAUAAAGUAGUGGUCAAGGAAACCGAUAGUUUAUCGAAAUAAAAUAUUUAAAAAAUUCAACGGUGAAUAAAUGAAUCAGUGAACUGGGUGGAAGGGCGUUUGGAUUUAUAGAAGGGGAAAUAAAAUCUUAGCAAGUGAACCUAGUCCCAGCAGGUAUAUUUUACUUCAGUCAACGGAUUGUCACUAGAUCAGCAGUUGCUGUAUUCACUGCAAUACUCAAUACUCAAUAAUAGAAAUAAUAAAAAUAAAUGAGACGAGUUGUUACUCCAGUUAUCGACAUCAUUCAACAAUCAGCCUUGAUUAAAGUAACACACGAUAAAUAUUUAAAUAUUAAAUAGCUGUCUAGUAUCGAGUACUUACAUAACAGCUAGAGCAACGUCAUCUCCGGUAUUUAAUAUUCAGAGCUUUUAACGUUAACGUCUUGAGCCCCUACUAACAGCCAACAACCAACAGGAGAAUAACAAAGCAAGAGUUUAUUUUCCAAAAACAACAGCAGAACCAGGAGCGAAGUGUACAAAUAAUCAGGCGAGGACGAAAAAAGUAUCGUCUUCGGGAGCCACUCAAACAAGAGUACGAAGAUCGUUAAUACACUGUUAAUAAUUGUUAACAAUUGGAGGCUAAGGUAUUAAACCCUGGACAGCGAGGAAGAGCAAGACUAUAAAAAGUAAAAAAUAAAACGACAGCUUUUUGGUAGUUCGGUUGAAUCUUCCUCCCUCGUAAACUCAACUCCUCUCCAAACGCUCCUCAAACAAGUCUUCCUCUUAUUUGCGCACUCAAUUAUCUUCCUCAGUUGCCGUAAGCCUCUCUCUCAAUCUCUCUCUCUCUCUCUCUUUCUCUCUCUCUCUCUCUCUCUCUCUCUCUCCUCUCAGUCUCUCCUGUCUUAAUCGUUUUCACUUUAGCGAUCCUUCCGAAUUUGGUAUUAUCCUGAAUCCUUUAUUCCCAGCGACAAAAGCCUUCCUUCUUGCUUCGGAUUUUUAUACUCGAACCACGUACAAAGCUCAUACGUCGAGAUAAGCACAACGAAUAUAUGACUAAUAAUAACUUACUGUCGACAAUCGAUUUGUGGUAACGAGCUGUGCUAAAACACUAGACUUUUGGGUGCUAGCAACCCCUAUAGGAGGUGUUUCGAGAGUCGGGGUUUAAUGUUACCGCCUGCUACUUGUUAACAUAAUUUGUUAAUAAAUAAAAGGUAAUCCUUGUGACGAAGAUAAACCGAGAUUCGAAAUGGCGGGUCAAAUUGUUUGGUUGAUGUGCUACAUGACUCUUGGGCUGGCGCUGACGUUGGGGAACCGAGCUGGCUCCCAUUACCAUCACAAUCAUCGGCUGAGACUCGGUGAUCAGUCAAUUGGUGCUCCCAAUAAACUAUCCAGUGAAUCGGACUCAUCGUUUAGAUUUAACGAACCAGUUUACGAUUUGUCUCCCGGGUGGAAUCUCUACGACCAGAGAGACUUUAUCGACAAUUCCCGUGGUUUUAAUUCUAAUAAUAAUAAUAUAAAUAAUAAUAAAGUACUUGUAAAUAAAUUAUCUAGUCCUGUAAUGGAGAACGUUGACACUCGUAGAGAUUUUUCGGGUCCGGGGAGACGCCUAAGUCAUGCUAGUGCUAGUAGUAAUUACAAUAAUAAUAAAAAUAAUGAUAAUAAACGUGGGUUAGGUGACUCUGAUGAACUGCCGAGUGGACACAGGGGUAGUGGUAGUGGUAAUAGUGCUAGUGCUAGUGCUAGUGCUAGUAUUGUAAAUCAAUAUGAUCUGAAUGGACGAUCUAUGGAGAGAAGAGUUAACAGUAAUAAUGAUAACAAAUUGGUCGGGAGGACGCCGCUUAAAAGCUCCUCGGUGUGGUCCCUCGAGCCCGAUGUGGUCGAGUACCCGUGGAAAGUCCAGCAGGGCAACGGCGAUGUCUCCAACAGGAUCGGGAAUAAUGCCUACGCCAGGACACUGGGCAAGAGGAAUCAGGUCGCAGGGGGACGGAGAAAGCCCGGUGAAUCCCGUUCUACGGGCCAACAAGGACAGCCACCCCCGUUCCUAGGCUCGAGCAUCCCUGAAGUUGCCAUGGGGAGCAUGGCGUCCCAGCUAAUGCUUCGAACUGCGCGUGGCAAUCGCCAGUACGACGUUCCGCAAAUUGAGUGCCCGUCAUCCGAGGACGGAAUGGAACGAUUUGCUUGUCCGACGCCCGACAGAAUGGGCAGGUAUCGGUGCAUCGACGAUCACGUCCUGUGUGACGGAUUUAUCGAUUGUCCUACUGGAGAAGACGAGGACCGACAGGCCUGCAUGUUCUACAAAACUACAAAGGCACAUUUGGACGUACUGGCAGAGGCUUUACUGCGAUGGGUCAGAGGCCGCUAAGGAAAUCUUUGUUACUUUCUUCCUUAUCUUAUUCUACAUUUAUUAUUCAUGCUCGACUCAUUAAUUAUCAAAGAUCAAACCUACAAAAUAAAAAAGAAAAUCAACAAAAAAAGAGAAAAAAAAAACAAUGAAAAAAUAAAAAAAAAGAAGAACACAAGAGGAAUUAAAUUCAACUUAUCAAUAAAUGUUGCAAGUGACGUCCAUCUAUGAUCGGUAAUAUUUCUUCUUCUACUUCUUCUACUGCUUCUUCUCUACUCUGUUUAAUACUUUGACAGAUCUGUUAGCGGCUCUUGCAAAAGAUUCAUUAAUUUUAAAUUUCCGUCACUCAGCAGACUUUUUUUGUAAAACAGGCUGAAUAUACUAAACAGUAUUUAUAAUUACUAUUAUUAUUAUUAUUAUUAUUAUUAUUAUUAGUAAUUAAUAUAAAUCUUCUAAAUGUUUGCAACUUCUCGGCCAUGCUUUGUUUAAAAAUUAAAAUUUAAUUAAAUUCAGUAAUUAAUUCUGCAGAUUUAAAAACUAAGCACGGCCGAAAUUGACUUUCUCUAAAAUAAACUACUCAUUGAGUUAAUUAAACGCGGGUUAGUCAAAAGACUGUCCAUCUAUUUGUACAGCCUCUAGUAUAACGGGUGAUUUAAUUGAGCAAACUGUUGACUUGAUCUCAAAAUUUAGACAGUAAACUCAUUAACAAAAGUUAUUAUAAACUUUAAUUAGCGACAGAUGACAAGUUUGACAGAUUAAUCACAAAAAGUACCUUGUGAAAACUUGUUUGUCGUUAGCGAAAAAACUAAUCAAGUAUUUUAUUAUAAUUUCUUCUUUAAUUUUUUUAAUAAUUGCCAAAUGUAAAUAUUCAUUUAUUU